AUGAGCAGCCCCCGCCGCCGCCACCACCACCACGUACGCUCGCCGGCGACCGGGCCACUGGACGACGACGACCUCCUCCGCGAGAUCCUCGUCCGUCUCCCACCGCAGCCCUCCUCCCUCCCCCGCGCAUCAGCCGUCUGCAAGCGCUGGCGCAGCCUCAUCUCCGACCCCGGCUUCUUCCGCCGCUUCCGCCUCCGCCACCGGCGCAACCCGCCCCUCCUCGGUUUCUUCGACAGGUAUGCCGGUCUGUCCUUCCUACCUACUCUGGAGGCCCCCAACCGUGUCCCUCCCGGGCGCUUCUCUUCGGAGCACGGCGACGACUUCGAGCGCUCCAUGUCUCUUGGAUGUCGCCAUGGUCUCUUCCUCAUCUUCCUUUCGAAGCCACGCAAGGUCCUGGCGUGGGACCCCAUCACCGGUGACAAGCACAACAUUGCCAUUCCCGCGGCGUUCGAUACAAAGAAAACCAUGGGCCUGGUCAAUGGGGCGGUGCUUCGCCCUGCUGGAGAGGGCCAACACUUCCAGGUUGCCUUGGCUGAGGCGGACGAAAAACAACAAGCGCUCACCUGCGUUUACUCGUCAAAGACAGGCCUAUGGGGAAAUCUCAACUCAACGCCGCUUCCAUACGAAGCUAAUGGGAGCCGUAUGCCCACCAUGGUUCACACGGAAGACGUUGUUCUGGCUGGAGAUUCCCUUUACUGGAUGUUGACUGGAAAUUUAGUUGGAAUUCUUGAAUUUGACUUGGUGAAGCAGAGCCUAGCUGUGGUACCUCUGCCAGUGGAUAUUUGUCGCCGGGGCAGCUGCUUCAGGAUGAUGCGGGCUGAGGGUGGUGGGUUGGGUUUCCUCUUCGUGCAAGCGGCAGAUCACACGGCUCAGUUAUGGCAGAGGAAGACCGAUUGUGAUGGUGUUUCUUCAUGGAAGCUUGGAAGAACUAUUGAACUGGACAAGGUGCUUUCCCUGAAACCAGAGGAGAAAGGGCCGCUAUCCAUACUAGGGUUUGCUGAGGAGAAUAAUGUGGUGUUUCUGUGGACAAGAAUCGGCGUCUUCAUGAUCAAUCUUGAGACUUUGGAGUUCAAGAACCUUUACAAAACCAUGGUCUUUUCUCACUAUCAUCCAUUCGAAAGUGUCUACACUACAGGUAAUAACAUGCCUUAUAUUGCUGAUACAGGAUAA